GGACUCGUUUGGCGCGCUUUAUCUUCCCUUCAGAAGGCGGAGCGAAGUGACGAGGCUCUGCAAGACUGCCAGAGAAGGCGGAGGAGGGGAAGGGUUUGUUUUCCCGCCUCCCUCGCCUCUCUUUCAGACGGGUUAUUAUGGCGGAGUCAUCAGGCGCCCGCUUCGCCCGGAGCCGCUUCUUUGGCGGCUUUGCGUGCGGGGCGGCCCUGGGAGCUGCACUCUCCAGUUUGGCCGCCAUGAAGCUCCUCAGGGAGCCUCAUCUCCCACCCAGGUCCCGAAGGAGCGCCGCCCCCCCGCCCUUGGAAAAACAGCCGCCGACGCCGCCGUCUCGGGAGGAACUCAUGACAGAGUCUGUGUUGGAAAAGUAUGGAUUUCCUGCAGCUGGAACACAGAUCAGAUAUUACACCAAUCAUGCAUUAUCUUAUGAUCAGGCAAAACGAGUACCUAGAUGGGUGAUUGAACAUAUUUCCAAACACAAGACUUUAGGCAACGCAGACAGACAACAUUGCAAAUUUAGGCCAGAUCCUAGCAUCCCUUCAAUGUUCAGUGCCAUGAAUGAAGACUACAUCGGCAGUGGCUGGUCACGAGGCCAUAUGGCCCCAGCAGGGGAUAACAAAUACUCACCAAAAGCCAUGGCAGAAACAUUUUAUUUGUCCAACAUUGUUCCUCAGAACUAUGAGAAUAAUGCUGGAUUCUGGAAUAGAAUAGAAAUGUAUUGCCGGGAACUGACUGAAAGAUUUGAAGACGUCUGGAUUGUUUCUGGACCUUUGACAUUAUCUCAAGUGGACGAUGAUGGGAGGAAAAAGGUUGUUUAUCAGGUAAUUGGAAAAGAUGAUGUAGCUGUACCUUCGCAUCUUUACAAAGUGAUUCUUGCCAGGCGAAGUGAAACAUCCACAGAUCCUUUGGUGCUUGGGGCCUUCAUGGUACCCAACGACCCUAUCAGCUUUGACCACCAGUUGCUGGAAUUCCAAGUUAGUAUUGAAGACCUGGAGAGAACGUCAGGCCUUGUUUUCUUCCCACAAGUGAAUAAAGCUAAAGAUGUUAGAAAUAUUUGCGAGGUUGAUACUUGUAAGCUGAUUGACUUGGAGGAGUUCACUUUGUACAUCACCACUCGAAAGCUGCAGAGCGCAAGGACAUUGGAAAGGUUGGGAAAGAUCAUGUCCGAGUUACAGGAAAAAGGAAUUAAGCCCAAUGACUAUCUCUUAAAGGUUUACCAAAAAAAGGCAGAGGAAUUAGCAAUACAAAAGUCAACAGAAGGUAGAGAAGGAAGAGCUGGCUAAUAUUUCAAAAGCAAGCAAUUAAAGUUGCAAUCCAAAACACACAAGGUAGUAAGUCCCAUUGAACUCAAUGGAGCUUACUUCUGAGUACACAUGUAGUGGAUUGUAGCCUUAGUGUAUGCGUUUUUUCCCUAAGGAACUGCUAUUCAUAGACUGCUACUGUUAAGAAAACCUGAACAAGUCUUUCCAUUAAUUGUGCUCCUCUUACUUUGCUGUAAGAAAUUAAAACACCCCCUGUGGUACAAGUUGGCAGUGGGACUUAAAAUGACUUGUUUGUGCCCUUUUCUGAAUCAGUCAUCAGAUGAUAGGAAUAUAAUACGAUCACUCUGAGAAUAUAAGUAGAACUUGCUUUAAUCUAACUUUCCUUUUCUAACAUGAUGCUUUAGAAGUGGCAUUGUUUUAUAUCUCCAGCUGAUUUUUUAAAGACAUCUGGGUGCAUUCUCUUUGUUGUCAUUCAACUUGAACCCUUGUAGAAAUGUCUUGGUUCUUCAAGCAAAGCCUCUUCCUACCACUGUGAGCACAUCACUAGAAAAGCCCAUUAACGUCCCAACUUACCAGUAUUUUAAUUUUUGUUCACAUUCAUUACUUGAGAACAAAUUCACUGAAAGUGGCUAUUUGCAUAUGGAGAUGUUUUGAGAACCUGUUUGUGGGUUUUUUCCAGGUGAGUUUUUAAUAAACAUUUCCCUGAGGAUUUUAA